GGUUUCAAGUGCUGGCUAUGGCGGAUGCAUUUGCGAUAAAGGUUUUGUUAUGCGGCUUCGAUAUCUUUUUGACUUGGUGCAAGACUUCUCACAGGAAAAUUUGCAUGAUACAAAAUUAGCAAUGGAAUUCGUCUUUGUUUUUGAACCGUCUCACACCUUUAAUUUUGUGAGUAAAACGUUAGAUCAGCUAUUGGUAUAUUUUUGUGAUGAAACUAAGCGAAAUUCUGCAAACAUAACAAAAGGAUUGAUUCAGAUGUCAAAAUUGUGGGAAAAAAAAGUUACAUUGGUAACAGAGUUUCACGAGAAGAGCAAGAUUUUGGUUCGUGUUAUUCGAUUAUUCUAUUUUAUGACUCCAAAAUGGGACCAAAUUUGCGAACAACCGUUGCAGAGUAUCUGCACGAAAUACAUUCCAGAAACAUUUGAUUUGCUACCUCGCAAUCAACUAGACUAUGAAGAAGUGCUUUGUGCAGUGCAAAACAUUUUACUACAACUUACGAGCCUCUGUUCUAUUGAUGAUUUGCCGCAGAAGUAUCAAUCAACUUUAGUAACAUUGAUUUUGGAACAUGGCAUUGAUCAUAAGUAUUUUCUACAGACAUGUCCGAAUCAGUGGAUGGAAGAUUUGGUAGAUUUCAUGUGUAUUCAACAAAAAAUUACUGUAAAGAAGGUGUCAGAAGAUCCAAAUGACUGUGAAACACAAGAAUGGCUGAGGUUGUUGAACACAAAAUUGAUUGAUUUGUCAAAAGCAUUCCCGCAUCAUACUUUUCGUGGCACAAAGUUCAUAAUGCAAGCUCUUGUUUUCGCAUAUAGUAUGAUGAAUUGUGGCUAUAAUAAUCAAAUAAUACAAACAAAUGCGGUUACUCCUUGCCUUGCAGUACUCGAACAAAUAUAUCUAAAUAAGGAACUUGUCAUCUGUAUUUUUGAUAUAACAGAAGAGCCUCCAUCAACAAUAGUCCCAUUAUUGACCGAAAUAGUGAAUAUUUUUUCAAGACCAUCAUCAAAAUUAGCAAUACAAAAUUUCUCUGAAGUUAACAUAUUUGAAAUACUAUUCGAUGCAAUAAUCAAUCUAAAGACGGAUAAUUCUUCAACACUUUUACAGCUCGCGCAAUGUCUUGCUCUAUACACUUUGAAUGAAAUCGGCUUUCAAAAAUCAAUUUCUCGACUUCUCAAGGCAUUGAUGAGUGAAAAUUUAUGUGAAGCAUAUUGGAGUUUAAAUGUGUGGAUAUUAAUUGCAAGAAUUUGUUCUGAAGAGAACUGUUACAUAUAUUUUGAAGAGUUUGCGCAAAUGUUCGUUGAUUGUAAAAAUGAGCAACAAAAGUUUUUUCUCGGUAAGACCAUGAAAGCAUUUUUUGAGUGCCUUAAAAGCAACACGAAGGCAAAAAUACAAGAAAAAUAUCCCCCGGAAUUAAAUAUAAGUAUAUGGACUCAAAUAGGAAUGCACAACAUAAGCGAGCCUCAGAUCAUUGAAAAAUUAUUCACUUUAACAGAAAAUACGAUGACUGAAUUUUUAGAAAAUGGCAAUAGAGAAAUUUAUGAAAAAAUGUGUCUCUUGCUAAAACUUUGCUCGACUAAUUCAACAUUUAAUCCGGAAAAUAGUCUCUUCGCUAUGUUAAAGGACAUCACAGAGUUUCUAAUUGCAAACUCAAUGUAUCUGAGUGUUUUCGAUCAAUUGAUAAAUUCAAUAAUGCAAAUUUGUAUCGUCUACAUUAAUAAAAUUUGUGAUAUUACUAUCUGUAAUGUCUUAACAAUAAUUAAAGAAAAUCAUUACAAUUCCGAUUUAUCCAAGAAGUUCAUUCAAAGAUUAUUGUCAACGGGUCAAACAUUGGAUGAAACAUUGUCUGAAGAUUUAAAGUGCUUGUUACUUCAAAUUACAAAAGAUUCUGAAAUAACAGAUAUAGAAAGAAAAUUACUUGAAAUUGGAUAUAAUGUAGAAUCGUUUCAACAUAUUUGCCAUCAUGUUAAUUUCGAUGAAGAUGAUAACUCAAAUGCUGAAGAAGAAAUCGACGAAGAUGAAGGAGAAGAAAUAUGUAGUCCCAAAACUAAGAAGCGAAAAAUUGAAUUGGAAAUCGAGGCCUUUAAAAUGUUCUUUAACUUGAACAUAAAAUAACAAAUAGUGGAUUGUUAUUUAAAUAAUAAAAAAAAUUUAUAGUAAAAAUAAGGGAGACUAAGAAAAAAAAAUAAUGAA